AUGGGUAAGGAAAAGACUCAUAUUAACAUUGUCGUUAUCGGCCACGUCGAUGCUGGUAAGUCCACUACUACCGGUCACUUGAUCUACAAGUGCGGUGGUAUUGACAAGCGUACCAUCGAGAAGUUCGAGAAGGAGGCUGAGGAGCUCGGUAAGGGUUCCUUCAAGUACGCCUGGGUUCUUGACAAGCUGAAGGCUGAGCGUGAGCGUGGUAUCACCAUCGAUAUCGCUCUCUGGAAGUUCGAGACCCCCAAGUACAACGUCACUGUUAUUGAUGCUCCCGGUCACCGUGAUUUCAUCAAGAACAUGAUUACCGGUACUUCCCAGGCUGACUGCGCCAUUCUGGUUAUUGCUUCCGGUACUGGUGAGUUCGAGGCUGGUAUCUCCAGCGACGGUCAGACCCGUGAGCACGCUUUGCUUGCUUUCACCCUCGGUGUCCGUCAGCUCAUUGUUGCCUGCAACAAGAUGGACUCCGUCAAGUGGUCUCAGGCCCGUUUCGAGGAGAUCGUCAAGGAGGUUUCCAACUUCAUCAAGAAGGUUGGUUACAACCCCAAGGAGGUUCCUUUCGUCCCCAUUUCCGGUUGGAACGGUGACAACAUGUUGGAGCCCUCUCCCAACUGCCCCUGGUACCAGGGCUGGACCAAGGAGACCAAAAAGGGCUCCUACAAGGGCAAGACCUUGCUCGAGGCCAUUGAUGCCAUUGAGCCCCCUGCCCGUCCCACCGACAAGCCCCUGCGUCUCCCCUUGCAGGAUGUCUACAAGAUCGGUGGUAUCGGAACUGUGCCCGUCGGCCGUGUCGAGACUGGUGUCAUCAAGGCCGGUAUGGUCGUCACCUUUGCUCCCGCUGGUGUGACCACUGAGGUCAAGUCCGUCGAGAUGCACCACGAGCAGAUCCCCGAGGGUCUUCCCGGUGACAACGUCGGUUUCAACGUCAAGAACGUUUCCGUCAAGGAUAUCCGUCGUGGUAACGUCUGCGGUGACUCCAAGAACGACCCCCCCAUGGGCUGCUCUUCUUUCAACGCUCAGGUUAUUGUCUUCAACCACCCUGGUCAGAUCUCUGCUGGUUACUCCCCCGUUUUGGAUUGCCACACUGCCCACAUUGCUUGCAAGUUCUCUGAGCUUUUGCAGAAGAUUGACCGCCGUACCGGUAAGGUCACUGAGGAGUCUCCCAAGUCCAUCAAGGCUGGUGAUGCUGCCAUCGUCAAGAUGAUUCCUUCCAAGCCUAUGUGCGUUGAGGCCUACACUGAGUACCCUCCUCUUGGUCGUUUCGCUGUCCGUGACAUGCGUGUCACCGUUGCCGUCGGUGUUAUCAAGUCCGUUGAGAAGUCUGCCGGUGGUGCCAACAAGGUCACCAAGUCUGCUGCCAAGGCUGCUAAGAAAUAA